AUAUCUAUUGUGGUUUCUUGGGAGAAGAAAAAUUCCACCGACGAAACCCAACGUAGAUACAUCUGCCGUGGGGACAUAGCUUUCGCAUUGGUCGCGUGGAAUCUUUCUCACCCAAAUUCAGAAAAGUCCAAAAGGAACAAUCCCUUACCAACAGCCAUUGGCAAACACGUCAAUUCAAUAUGGCCGACUCAACUGCCGCCGCUCCACCAACGGAGCAGGUGGCCAACCUGCACCUCGACGAUGUUACCGGAGAGAUGGUUUCCAAGAGCGAGCUGAAGAAGAGACAGAAGCUCCGUCAGAAGGAAGCCCAGAAGAUCGAGAAGGCCGCCGCCGCACCCCCCAAGCCUGCCGGUGCCAAAAAGACCAAUGCCGAAGCGGACGAGAAGGCACUGGAUCCCAGACAAUAUUUCGAAAAUCGAUCGCGUGCUAUCAACAAGCUGCGGGAGACGAAGCAGCCCAACCCGUACCCUCACAAGUUUCACGUCGACUAUGACGUCCGAAACUUCGUCAACGAUUUCAGCCACCUCAAGUCGGGCGAGCAUAACAAGGACAAAGUGAUUCAAGUCGGCGCCCGGAUAUACAACAAGCGUGCCUCGGGCUCGAAGCUCUUCUUCUACGAUGUGCGCACCGAGGGCACCAAGGUCCAGGUCAUGUGUCAGGCACAGGAGGCCCAGGGCAGCGUUCCGUUCGAUGAGCAGCACGUUCACCUGCGCCGAGGCGACAUCAUCGGUAUUGUUGGCUACCCCGGAAGAACAGCUCCUAAGUCCAAGAUCGAAAAGGGCGAGGAGGGCGAGCUGUCUAUCUUCGCCACUGAGAUUGUUCUCCUGACUCCUUGCCUGCACACCCUCCCCGACGAAUACUAUGGUUUCAAGGAUCACGAGGAACGUCACCGCAAGCGGUAUCUGGAUCUCAUCAUGAACGACCGUAGCCGCAACGUUCUCAUUACCAGGUCCAAGAUUGUCAGCUACAUUCGACGCUUCUUCGACGAACGGGACUUUAUCGAGGUCGAGACCCCCAUGAUGGGUGCGAUCGCUGGAGGUGCAACUGCCAAGCCGUUCGUGACACACCACAAUGACCUCGACAUGACUAUGUACAUGCGAAUCGCCCCAGAGCUCUAUCUCAAGGAGCUCGUCGUCGGAGGUCUUCACCGAGUAUACGAGCUUGGUCGCCAGUUCAGAAACGAGGGCAUUGACCUAACUCACAACCCCGAAUUCACCACAUGCGAGUUCUACCAGGCUUUCGCUGAUGUCUAUGACGUAAUGAAACUCACCGAGGAGUUGGUGAGCGGCAUCGUCAAGCAUGUCACUGGCGGAUACAAGACGAAGUUCACCACCCAGUCAGGCGAAGUGUAUGAAGUCAACUGGGAGGGCCCCUGGAAGCGCUACGACAUGAUCCCGACGUUGGAAGAGGCCACCGGCGAGAAGUUCCCUCCUGCCGACGAGCUCCACACGGCCGAGGCGAACGAGUUCUUGCAGCGCGUUCUCAAGAAGAUGAACUUGGAAUGCUCCCCACCCCUUACCAACGCUCGCAUGAUUGACAAGCUGGUUGGAGAGUACAUCGAAGAGCAAUGCGUCAACCCGAGCUUCAUCUUUGGUCACCCCCAAGUCAUGUCGCCUCUGGCCAAAUAUCACCGAGAGAUUCCUGGCCUUUGUGAGAGAUUCGAGGCCUUCGUGUGCAAGAAGGAGAUCGUAAACGCAUACACCGAGUUGAAUGAUCCUUUCGAUCAGCGACUGAGAUUCGAGGAGCAAGCUCGGCAGAAGGACCAGGGUGACGACGAGGCACAGUUGAUUGACGAGAACUUCUGCAUGUCUCUUGAAUACGGUCUUCCUCCCACCGGAGGCUGGGGUAUGGGUAUUGAUCGUCUAGUAAUGUUCUUGACGGACAACUACAGCAUCCGCGAAGUCCUCGCUUUCCCAUUCAUGAAGGAAGACAAGUCCGCUCAGAAGGAGAAGCUUGCUGCCGAGGAGGUUGGCAUUCAGCCCGUCCCCGAGGAGGGCAUCGCUCACAAGUAGGACGAGUCGAGUAGCGGCCCUGACACUAUAGGCUCCUGUCUUGUAUGUGGGUUAAGAAUUCCAUGGUCAGAGUCAGCUUGGACAGAGGAGUGUCAUGAUCAGACUGUAGCCGGGGGUCGUCUAAAGAAUUAAAAUAGACAAAGAACGGUAGAGAGAGGAAAAAUACAG